AUGGAAUCAGACAAUUCACACGGUGAAGUCUUUUUGUUCACAUCCGAAUCGGUCGGUGAAGGACAUCCCGAUAAAAUCUGUGAUCAAGUCAGUGAUGCUGUACUUGAUGCAUGCUUAGAACAAGAUCCCAAUGCCAAAGUUGCAUGUGAAACAUGCACCAAAACCGGUAUGGUCUUGGUCUGUGGUGAAAUCACAACAAAAGCUGUACUUGACUAUCAAAAAAUUAUUCGAGAUGCAGUACGUCAUAUUGGUUAUGAUUCAUCCAGCAAAGGUUUUGAUUUUAACACCAUGAAUGUUCUCGUUGCUUUGGAACAACAAUCGCCCGAUAUUGCCCAAGCUGUGCAUGAGAAGAAAGCCGAUGAAGAUAUUGGCGCUGGUGAUCAAGGUCUUAUGUUUGGCUAUGCAACUGAUGAAACUGAAGAAUGUAUGCCAUUGACAGUCGUUCUUUCCCAUCAACUAAAUGCUAAAAUGGCCGAAUUAAGACGCAGCGGAGAAUUAGAUUAUCUUCGACCGGACUCCAAAACUCAAGUUACUGUUGAAUAUGUAUUCGAUAAAGGUGCAUGCAUUCCUAAACGUGUGCAUACGAUCGUCAUUUCAACACAACAUAGUCCUCAAGUAACACAAGAAAAACUACGAGACGAUCUUCUCAAUAAAAUCAUCAAACCGGUCGUACCAGCCAAAUUCCUUGAUGAAAAAACAAUUUACUAUUUGAAUCCGUCAGGUAAAUUCGAAAUCGGUGGACCACAAGGUGAUGCUGGUUUAACUGGUCGAAAGAUUAUCGUUGAUACAUAUGGUGGUUGGGGUGCUCAUGGUGGUGGUGCUUUUAGUGGAAAAGAUCCAUCAAAAGUCGAUCGUUCAGGUGCAUAUGCAGCUCGUUGGGUAGCGAAGUCGCUUGUCAAAGCUAAACUUUGCCGUCGUUGCCUUGUGCAAGUUUCCUACAGUAUCGGUAUAUCCGAACCAUUAUCGAUCGCUGUUUUUUCAUAUGGUACUUCAUCAAAAACAGAUAAAGAAUUACUUGAUAUAGUUAAGAAUAACUUUGAUCUUCGUCCUGGUAUCAUCAUUCGGGAUUUGAACUUGAAAACACCCAUCUAUGCUAAGACAGCAUGUUAUGGCCAUUUCGGUAGACCUGAAUUUCCAUGGGAACAACCAAAAGAAUUGAAAUUCUAG